ACCGGAAAUCAUGGUGUUUCCUAUCUCUUUCAGUUUAGCACAUGCAACGUGUGCAUGCAUUGGUUCAGCGCUGAUCAAUUUGUUUGAAAAGAAAUUGAUCAUCUCGACCAGGAAAGCAAAUUAAACAAUGGCAAGUGCAAAAGUUGACAACCCUGAAAAACCAGGACAAGAAGUAACCCCUAUUCACAGAAUUAGGAUUACACUAACUUCACGAAAUGUACGCUCUCUCGAAAAAGUUUGCUCGGAAUUGAUAAAUGGAGCAAAUAAACAAAAACUUAAGGUGAAGGGCCCAGUUCGUAUGCCCACAAAAAUCUUAAGGAUAACCACGCGUAAAACACCGUGUGGUGAAGGAUCAAAAACGUGGGAUCGUUUCCAGAUGCGCAUUCACAAGAGAGUUAUUGAUUUGUAUUCACCAUCAGAAAUUGUAAAGCAAAUUACAAGCAUUUCCAUAGAACCUGGUGUUGAAGUGGAAGUCACGAUUGCAAAUGAAUAAACAAUUUAAAUAAAACUGUAUAAAGUUUUAAUAAAAAUGUAAAAAUGCAAA